AUGGUGUCAAACAUUAUUCUAGACAUAGAGGGCACAAUUUGCCCGAUCUCGUUCGUCAAGGACGUGCUUUUCCCGUACUUCCUGCGCCAGCUGCCCGCCCUGCUCGACCAGUACCAGUACCCGCUGCUCGAAGAUGUGUCCGACCCUGUGAAGACCAUCCUGCUCAAAUUUCCCCGGGACAAGACCGCAACCAGAGACUCGCUGUACUCGCACAUCAAGGCCCUGGUAGACAACGACGUGAAGGACCCCGUGCUCAAGGAACUCCAGGGCCUCGUCUGGGCGAAAGGAUACCACGAGGGAACCAUAAAGGCGCCGCUGUACGAGGAUGCGAUACAGGGCAUGUACACGUGGAGCACGCGAAAGGACAAAAAAGUGUACAUCUACUCGUCCGGAUCGGUCCAGGCGCAGAAGCUGCUGCUGCAGUAUGUGCGCGGCAUCAACGAGCCGGAAGCUGCGCCGGGCAAGGACCUCAAUGGACUGGUGUCUGGCUAUUUUGACACCACUAACGCGGGCCCAAAAAUCCAGCCGACUAGCUACUCCAAGAUUGCGGAAACAAUAAAUACGAGCCCCGACGAGUGUCUGUUUUUGAGCGACAACCCAAAAGAAGUGGCCGCUGCUCUGGAGGCGGGCAUGCAAAGCUACCUCGUCGUCAGACCGGGCAACGCCCCGGUGGAGUCUGCGCCUGCAGCCAAAAUCUCUACGUUCGCCCAGCUGGAUCUCUAG